UGAUCUAUAAUGACGUUUUUAAUGGAAACGCCGCAAAAAGAAAAAAUCAAAAUCCCCAAAUUUUUUUGGUUACCCGCUCGUUACUCCCUCUUCUUCUCAUCUUCAUCGCGUGCCCUAAAUCCCCCAAAUAACUCUCAAAAUUUGCCCCCAAAUUUCCCAUUUCCAGCAACACCAAGUCAAUACAUCUACUGUAUUUGUUCGGCUGAGAAAAAAAAGGGAAAGAAGGAGGUUGGGAACCGGCAAAGUUCGUCGGAUUUCACCCAUUCGUCAUCGGAGCUUCCAAAAAAAUAACUCUUUAUCUGAGUUUCAAUCACGGAUAUAGAAAAGAAUCGGGAAAAUGAAGGGAUUUGGACCUCUUGUUGCGACCGUGCUCGUUGCGUCUACAGUGGCUCUCACUUCGUCUUCAUCCGCCGAAGUCCAACAUGUUUCUUUUUCUCUAACCUCCUCCAACCAGGAGUCACAGAACACUGUGUCGAGGAAUCAUACGGCGUUAUUUAGGAGGUUAAAAUUGUAUUAUUAUUAAAAUUGUUUAGAUUUUAAUCGUAAUCCUUGCUGUGAUUGAAAGAUACUAUAUUUUUAACAUUCUUCUUCCAUUUCCAUCUAUAUUUUCUCUCAGAAAAUUCCAACACCAAGAUCAUUAAGGGAAUUUCCUCUAUUUUCAACUAAAUCUGACCUUAUAUGGCUCUUCCAUUCAACUUGGAUGACUCAACCUAAGUUCAUUGUUGUUUUUCUUGCUCUUUUGCUAAGUUUGAGCAAUGGUAAACAUAAUGAAGUAAAGUUACAAUAUUGAACUAUCCCUGCCUUAGAAGCCAUUCUGAUUGAUAAUAAAUGAAACAAUGAAAGAGAGGAAUGCAUGUUUGUUUUUUAUGUUUUUCUUGUUUAUUUUCAGUGUGGGUUUGGCUGAGGGGCAUGGUAGGUUCUCCCGUGAAUAUUAGUCCUGUGUAGAAAGGGCUUGCAGAUUUCAGCCAGAAGCUGAGCUCAGCCACAACUGAAUUGGAGAAAGCUGAAGCACAGAUUAGGAUUGAUGUUCAUGGCGCACUAAACUCAGCUCUCACAGGCUAACUGUUGUUUGCCAUUUUGUUCAUUGGUGGUGUGUUCUUUUUGGUCUGACUUGAAGGAGUAUUUGCCAUGUCAACUUUUAUAUAUUUCAUAAAUAAAGAAAAGAAUCAUCGUCACUCCGAAAAACAAGAAAAAGGAUAAAAGAGAAUAUGGUGAGAGGGAAAACACAGAUGAAGAGAAUAGAAAAUGCAGCAAGCAGGCAAGUGACGUUUUCAAAGAGAAGAAAUGGAUUACUCAAAAAGGCUUUUGAGUUAUCAGUGCUUUGUGAUGCUGAAGUUGCACUUAUUAUCUUCUCUACCAGAGGGAAACUCUAUGAGUUUUCUAGUUCUAGGAAAGAGGAUGCAAUAGCACGAGGUGACCGAGAUUCCGUUUAACAAUUUUCUUUAUUGUUGGAACAAGUCUUAUCCAAGAUCAAGAUCAAAGUACUUCACUAAGUUAUAUACGCAGCAUUGCAAUACUUUGGCUUCAUCUAAGCUUGAACC